AUGGGAGCAGAGAGCAUUCGCGGCACAAAAUCAUCUACUUCUUCACCUUCUCAAACCACCCGCCUUCGAGACCCUACAAAGAACCGAACAUUCAUUGUCACCUCCACACUAAAUAUACCACAGCGCAAAUUUCCACCAACCAGAGUCAAAGUUUGCAUCUUUAAUUCGCUAUCUGCUUCUGGGAACCACCGUGAUCAAAGCGAAGGCGGGGACUGGGACGGGAUGGACGAUAUGGCGUUUUGCAACGCUAUGCUGGACAUCUUUACCGAGCCAUUCAACCAGGACCCGCUCGAGGGUCGCCUUAUAGCCAAUCUGGAUAUCAGCAUUCUCGACUUCAAUACCAUACCACAAGAUCUACAUACCGUUGAAAAUAUAAAAACAAUGAUACGUCGAAUAGAUACUAUCGACCCGUUCCGUAUCUCCAACGAGGCCCUCCCGACCCAGGGGGGGCCGACUACCGUAACAGAACCAUAUUCUACUCAGACUUCGGAGCCGAGCGUGCUCCAAAGUCCGACGACAGAUGUACCCCAGGAUUUAGAAAUGGGUUUGGAACCAGGGGCUCCGGGACGACAACCUCAAACCCCACCCACCGUAGCACCAGAAACGAAACCAGAAAAAAGACCGAAAUCCAAAAUCCACAAAUGCAAGGAACAAGACUGUGAAUUCGAAACAUCAUGCUUGAGGAUAUACGGAAUGCAUGCGAAAAACGUUCACGGAGCCAAAUCCUUUAAGUGCCCGGACUGCGGCACGCAGUCUGCUAGGAAAGAUAAUCUGUCAAGUCGAGCACAUGCUAGAAUAUGCAAAAUGAAACAGGAGAGGGAGAGAGCUAAGCGGUUAAAAGAAUCACAGGUUAUUGAGGACGUCGAUACCAGGACCGAAAAGCGAGUGUGUCUAUCCGAUGUGCGGGAUGACAAAGUCUCUCCGUCUAGUAGAAGUUCGACUCCUGGGACCGACGUUUCAAGACAACUGGAUUUGCCGCAAAGUGAGAUAGGAUGCCAGAGACCUGACGGUAGAUUAGAUGAGAAUAACCUGGUAGCGGAGCUGAAAGCUAGGUUAGUAGCAUAUGAGGAAGAGAAUAAACGAUUGAAAGAGAACGAUAGGAAGAUGUUGAAUAGGUUGAAAAAUAUAAAAAGGAAAUCGGAAGAGAUGGAAACUGAAUUAGAUCAGGCACGUCAGGACCGGGAUCACUUGUACGAGCGCUGCAAACAGUAUGAAAGCAGGAAACGGUGGAGUGAUGAGCUAGAGUAG